CCUUUCGUCUUUUUCUCGACAAAAGCUACUCAAGAACCCCGCGGAUUAACAAGAAGGAAGCCAUUCUGCUGCUCAGCUUCUGUUUUUGACAAAAAGCCAAAAUCACGCCGUCGAUAAGAGGAUCCCUUAGGGUUUGAGGAAUUGGAAUACUGCGAUGAAUCCGUUGACGCUAGUGAAGCGUAUUCAGAAUAUUAAUGCAAAAGAAGCAUCUUUGGGGAUCUCAGAUGAAGCAUCCUGGCAUGCCAAAUACAAAGACUCAGCUUACAUAUUCGUUGGCGGCAUACCUUUUGACCUCACUGAAGGAGAUCUCCUUGCCGUUUUUGCUCAGUACGGAGAGGUUGUUGAUGUUAAUCUCGUUAGAGAUAAAGGUACUGGGAAGUCAAAAGGUUUCGCCUUUCUUGCAUAUGAGGAUCAAAGGAGCACAACUCUUGCUGUGGAUAAUCUAAAUGGUGCACAAAUUUUGGGGAGAAUAAUCAGAGUAGACCACGUUACCAAUUACAAAAAGAAAGAAGAAGAGGAUGAAGAGACAGAGAGGAAAAAGAGGGAGGAGCGAGGAGUCUGCCGUGCUUUCCAGAAGGGUGAAUGCAACCGGGGAGCUGCGUGCAAAUUCUCUCACGAUGAGCAGAGAGCUGCAAACACAGGCUGGGGUGCUGAGGAAGAUCGACAAUCUAAGAGAUGGUCGCAUGACGGGUUUGAGGAUUCUAAGAAGGAUAAGAAAUUUGGGCAAUUGAGUCGGCCUCCACGGCCUGAUCACCAGGAAAAGGUCAAAGUCUCUGAUAAAGAUCCAAGAAAUUCUAAAGCAAGAAUCAGUGAUGUAGAAAGGCACUACGAGCAGAGAGAUUUGAGUGCAAGAGAUCAUUAUAAGAUAGAUAUCGAGCAGCACAGGUCAGAGCUAAAAGGAAAGGAUGGUAAUUACAAAGAAGAUCUGGAUAGGUCACAUGUGGAGAGAAGAUCUAGGAGGUAUGAUGAUGUAGGGAACUCAGGGGAAGAUACUGAGAGAAAAUCAAGAAAGCAUGAUGGUGUACCGACCUCAAAGGGAUAUGAUAAUAGGAGAGAUGAAAGAAGAGAAAAAAGAUAUGAAUCUGAAUCUUAUCAUGCAGAAAAAAGAGAUAGCAGGGACUGGGACAAACGAGCUCGCCUCCACCGUGAUGGAAGAGAUGAAGAAGAUCGGAGCCAAAGACCACGUAGAUAAUGGUUGCCUGAUUUAGGACUUUAUCUCUAAGACUUGUGGAGGUACAUAGAUGACUGAAUCGUACUAAGUUUGCAACUUCAGUUCCAAUUCUGAGUACAAUGCCUUAUCUGACAGCCAGAGGUGAUCGCCUAGGUUAAAUGUGUUCGAUCACAUAGCUUAACAAUGUCGGCACCAGUUUGGUUGUUUUUUAUUGUGUGUGUGGGUUGGGGGGUGUUACAUCAAGAAGCUGUCUCAGAAAGGGACCACUUAGUGCUCAUAAGCAAAAGACCAUUUGGAAAGCACCCGAAUUUAGAAAUUCAUCACCCGAAAUCUCAAGACUCUUGUGUGCUGUACUAAACAAGGGAUUUUGGUUUUUAGCAUCUCAAAUAUUUCAGUUCAAUUACAUGUGCUUGCUGGAAGGAUACAAGUGCCCAUUUGCCCAUUUGUCUUCAUUUUGAAUUAAAAAAAAGCAAUUUUCAGAUCU